AUGGAAGCAGAUAACCUUGCUGUUAACACAAUCCGUUGCCUUGCUGCUGAUAUUGUCAGCAAAGCCAACUCUGGCCACCCAGGCGCUCCACUUGGUCUUGCUCCAGCAGCCCACGUCCUUUGGUCUAAAUUCUACAGUUACGAAAAGGACUGGAUCAACCGUGAUCGUUUCGUUCUUGGCCCAGGUCAUGCCUCUGCCCUUAUGUAUUCCUUACUCCACCUUUACCAACGCGAACUCACAAUAGACGAUCUUAAGCAAUUCCGUCAGUUACAUGCCAAGUGCGCUGGCCACCCAGAGCACUACCUCAUCCAUGAUGUUGAGGCAACAACUGGCCCACUUGGACAGGGUAUUGGUUAUGCUAUCGGUAUGGCUGCACUUGAACUUAACCUUGCUGCUCGCUUCAACAAGCCAGACUUCCCAGUCUUCAACCACAAGGUCUUCGCCUUCGUUUCGGAUGGUGAAAUGAUGGAAGGUGUCCAGGCUGAAACAGCCUCAUGGGCAGGCCACCAGAAGCUCGAUAAUCUUAUCGUUCUUUAUGAUGACAACCACAUCACAAUUGAUGGCAACACAAACCUUGCCUUCACAGAAGAUGUUCUUGCCCGCUACCGUGCUUACGGCUGGCACACACUCGUUGUCGAGAAUGCCGACAAGGACCUCGAAGCCAUCGAGAAGGCCAUCAACCAGGCCCUCGAGCUCAAGGGUGCUCCAGUCCUUAUCGAUCUUAAGACAACAAUCGGCUUCGGUUCCGAAGUUGCCAACACACCAAAGGUCCACGGCACACCACUCAACAAGGAUCAGCUCGCCGCCCUCAAGAAGUUCUUCGGCUUCAACCCAGAAGAAUCCUUCGUUGUCCCAGAACAGGUCUACAAGCUCUACGACGGCGUUCGUGAGAAGGCCCACCAGAAGGCUGAAGCAUGGCGUGCCAUGUUCGCUGACUACGCCAAGAAGUACCCAGAAGAGUACGCUCAGCUCGACCAGAUCUUACAUCCAAACUUCACAGUCGAGGAGUUCAAGAAGUUCAUGCCACUCACCGACGAGAAGAAUGUUGCUACACGUGUUGCUUCUGGUGUUAUGCUCAACGCUAUCCUUCCACACUUACCAGGCCUUAUCGGUGGCUCUGCUGACCUUACACCAUCCAACAACACAGCUCUUACAGGCCAGAAGUCCUUCCAGCCAGACUGCCGCGAGGGCCGCUACCUCGAGUUCGGUAUCCGUGAGCACGGUAUGAUCGGCAUCGCCAACGGUAUGCAGUUCUACGGCUUACCAGGCCUUGUCCCAUUCGUCGCCACAUUCUUCACAUUCAUCCAGUACGGCCUCGGCGCUCUCCGUGUCGCUGCUCUCGACAAGCUCCGUAUGCUCCUCAUCAUGACACACGAUUCCAUCGGUCUCGGUGAAGAUGGUCCAACACACCAGAACGUUGAGAACUUCGCCAUGAUCCGCGCUCUUCCAAACACACUCCUCCUCCGCCCAGCCGAUAUCCUCGAGACAUCCGCCUGCUACACAGCUGCCCUCACAGGCCCAGCUCGUCCAGCAGUCUUCGCCCUCUCCCGCCAGAACGCUCCUCCAGUUCCAGGCGUUAACUUCGAUGGCGCUCUCAAGGGUGGCUACAUCGUCAAGGAUGUUCAGGAUCCAAAGCUUAUCUUCGUUGCUACAGGCACAGAGCUCAAGCUCGCUUACGAUGCUGCUGAGAAGCUUGGCCUUCCAGUCCGUGUCGUCUCAAUGCCAUGCACAGAGAUCUUCGAGGAACAGUCCGAGGAGUACAAGAAGUCCGUCCUUCCAGGCAACGUCCCAACAAUUUCCAUCGAAGCCGGCAUCCACCAGGGCUGGGAGAAGUACUCUCAUGUCCACUUCGGUGUCGAGACAUUCGGCCUUUCUGCUCCAGCAGGCAAGGUUUACGACUUCUUCGGCUUAACACCAGAAAAGGUUGCUGAGCGCGCUCAGAAGGUCCUUGAUUAUUACUCAAAGACCCCAGUCCCAGAUCUCUCCGCUAGACCACAGUUCUAA